AUGAAAGAACCGGCGACGAUAUUCGGAUAUCAAUCAUUUAUUCUUUUGGGAAUUUUAUCAACGGCAUCGACAACGAGCAAUGAUAAUUUAAUCAUUUGCGGAUCCGAUUAUACGUCUUCUGCUCCUAAUACAAGCAUAAAGGGCGAACGUUCAAAUUCGUACGAUUCGUUACCCUGUAGAGUUUGGAACGAAUUACAAGAGAAAAACAACAAUAAAAAUGUCGGAUUUAAUAAUUAUUCGAAUAAAAAUGACAAAUCCGUCGUUAAUUACGAGAAAAAUGACAAAAUUAAAAAAUUAGUCGUGCACGUACCCGUUUCGCAAAACGGCGACAAAUAUACCGGCAACGACAAUCGGGGGGGAUAUUUGACGUACGAUAGGAAAAAUUUAAUAGCGGAAGGUUUUAAAAGAGGACCGGGUUUUAGGAGUUGGGGUGGUAAAAGAGAUUUUCCCGGCCUUUUCCCGACGGACGAAGGGGAAAAUUUUAAAAAUGAGGAAGGGAUGAAAAAAAAACGUACGAGAUUCACAUCGUGGGGUGAUAAAGAUUGUGGAAAAUUAUUUCAAGUAAUCAAUUAUUAA